AUGGGUCAAAAAUUAUCAACUAGCCACAGUUCGAGUGAAAUUUCACUAUCGAAAAAAGAUUAUAGGGACUCGAAACCAAAGAGUAAAAAAUUUGUCAAUUGGUCGAGAGAAAAAAUAAACGCCGAUGCUAAGCCAACCCCUACAUCCGCUGAUGCGGAAAAACUUGACGACAACGACGAUGACGACGAAGACACUCGAAAAAACGGAGAAGACGACGAUACGAAUUCGACGUUGGCGUAUCCAAGCAUCGCCGAGCUGAGCAAUUUCACGGCUCUGAGUAUGAUGCGGAAUUUAGAGGGCGUCUCCUUGAAUGCAAAAUCGCUAUUGCAGCAAUUGCGAAAUCAGGUUAAGGAGGCAAAUGAAAAAUUAAUAGAUGACGAGAAAUGUUUCAAUACCAUAAAUUACGAGGACACUUCGAUGAUUCAGUUUGUCGAGAAGACGAGUUUGAGACGAGACUCGUCUACUUGCACUAAUGAAAUCAAGGAACUCAGUCGUGAUAGUAGUUUGGAAGAUGCGGAUGACGCCGACGAAGAGAAACUUUCAUGUAAGGAUUCGGAGAGCAGUGUGAUGAUGGAAAAGUCGGAGGAAAAGAAGACAUUAGAGGCCAUGUUACAGCGAGUCAAGCGUGAGAGAGACGAUGCGAUGUCGAAGCUAAGGAUAGUGAAAGUGAGGUGCGAAGCAUACGAAGAAGAGUCCAAGUACCUUGAGGCUAGCAUGGAGUCGAUGGAGGAGAAACUUAGAACGAUCGCAAGCGAGCUACGCAGCGAAGUAGCCAAGAGCAAACACAACUAUCAUCGAGCUGCCAAAGCUCGACGGUCGGCGAUAUAACGUGAUGCGAAAAACUCGUCUGCCGAGCACCAGGCAGCAGCGUUGCACUCAUGAAUGUUUCAACGGGCAGGAGAAAAGUCAUUUUCCCCAGAUUAUGCUGACGACGACGCUCGAUUUCACCAAUGCAAUUUCGAUGUAAAUUCUUCUCUCUUUUUUAAGAAUAAAAGAAAAAAAAA